UCCGCCACUAAUUACACGUCUUGGGCAGCUAAUCAAACUUUCAGUCUAGGCGACUAUCUCAUCUUCAGGACCAGUGCAAAUCAAACGGUGAUCCAGACCUACAAUGAAACGACGUAUCGGAACUGUACAACGGACGACGCUUUGGACACCGAUACCUUCCAAUACAACGGCGGCAACUCAGACUUUGACCAAGCAAUGACCAUCGAGGGUGCAAACUACUACUUCGCCGACGGUGACGAUGGUGUCCAAUGCCAGCACGAGAUGGAAUUCGAGAUCCUCGUCCGUCACGGCAUUGGGUUGCUUCCCAGCCUCAACCAGCCUCCUCCUCCUCCUCCUCCUCCCUACGUCGAGGCUCCUAGUGACCCAGCUCAGUCUCCUCCAGUCACGAUUAACGGUGGGACACCGUCGUUGAAUAACAACGCCGCGACCGGCGGCACUGACACAGGAGCGAUACUGUAUUCGGUUUUUUUUGGUGUUACAAGUUUGAUGAUAGCUUUCAUGCGCUAAAGUGAUUAGGGGUGGUGACAUUUU